UCCGGAAUGAAAAUGAAUCUGUUAACACCAGAAUUUUCGAGUUAGUGCAGCUUUUUUCACUACCUACAAUAUAUUUUUAUAAGAAAAUAGAAGCACAAGAUCAAACUUGAGUGUAAAGUUAGUUAAAUAAUUUGACCGUUGCUUCUAGGAAUAUCUUUUGUUGGAUUUGAUACAGAAGUUUAAAUAUAGCAGAUGGCGGAAUGCAAUCCUAUAAAAGAGCAUUUGAAAUUUUUGUUGGAACAGUUAGAAAAGAUGCAUCUUUAUUUACAAAGUAAUUUAAAUGAUUUGGUUCAAAAGGUAAGGCACGAAACAACAGAGUGGAUUGAAAAUCGUUCUGAAUCAAGUUUGAAUUUUAAGGAUGUGGUUGCUAUGGUUACUUCAGCAAACACUUCAGUUCUGGAACAUAUACAAAUGCUUUCUGGUUUCAGCAUAGGUAAACAACAGAUUAUUACAGGUUAUAAAACACCAACAAAAAGAUUGUCUGUAUACACAACUCAAGAUGAUAAGAACACUGAAACACACGACGAAGUCGACAAUAACGUUGAUUUUAGACACAACUUACAGAAGAGAAUUAGGCUGAUAGAAAAAGCUUUAUCUUCCACCGAAAACGCGCAAAAUACGACUGAAAAUGUUAUGUCGGAUAUAAAAAAAUGGAAAGAUAAUCUAGUUACAGAACAAAAUGAAAUAAGGAAAAAAGUUGAAGAAAUAUCUAGCACACAAAAUGAUAGUUUCAAAAAACUACAAAAACAAAUUAAUGAACAGAAAAAUACCUGUCACCAAUUGGGUAAGGAAUUUGAAAGCAUCACUGAAAUCAAGCAAUGGAAGGAAAACUGUGUAUCACACCAAAGCAGUAUUGGAGCGAAGGUUGAACAAUUGUCUAAGAAACAAAAACAACAUUUUAAAAAUAUUAAAAAACAAGCGCAGGAAGGGGAAAGCAACAUUGCAGAGAUGAGAAAAGAAGUUGAUUGUUUAAAGGAAAAAGAAUUAAAAGUGAUCAAAAGACUAGACACAUUUGACAUUAUAUUGAACAAAAUAAAUAAAGAAAUAAAAUCGCAUGCUGAUAACACUGAUCAAUUGGCACAAAGAGUUAAACGCUUAGACGUGGUUUCCGCUGGACCGAAAGAUGGAAAUAUACAUCUUUAUGUGAUGUUUCAACUCCUACAUAAAAGACUGAUGCCCAUUGAAAAAUUGAUUGACAUAUUUAAUCAGAAUUCGAAACAUAGGGCUAAUAAUCAACAAAAGAUUGAAACCCUCGAAGGUGAUGUUCUAAAAGUGUCCAAUGAAAUGCGCACAACAAGACAAGAAAUUAAAAGCCAUUUUAGUUUGCUUUCCACCUUACAAGAAGCUUGGAAGAAAAAUGUAGCAACUACGUCCAACACCCUUCAAAUUUUAACUACAAAGAUCGCCGGUCAAGGAAAUGUUGUUUCAAGGACAGCUGAGACUUGUGUAUACAAACGAUACGCUUGCCACAUCCAACUUGAAUACACGACAGCUGUCACCAGUGACUCAAUUAUUUCAAAGUUUGGUGAAGUACAUGAAUACAACGGUCAACACCUGAACCAAACAACAGGGAAAUUUGUAUCACCACAUGAUGGUUUAUAUCUUGUCGGUGUCACUCUACAUGAAUGGGAGAAGAAACUGAUUGAAGUUGUUGUGUGUGUUGAAGACACGGAGUGUGAGAGUAUUGAGGUGAAAUAUGCCAACACUAGCGCUGCUGGGUCAGUGGUUGUUGACAUGAAGGAAGGUCAAGAACUCUACUUUUAUGUGGCUACAGCAGACUAUGACGCAAAGUUAUCCUGGUUCAGUAGUUUUACUAUAGUCAGUUUAUAGAUUUAAAGCAAGAAACAUGGUCUUCUGUACGUUCUGAAAGAAACGUAACCUCUAUGUUAAUGACAUAAUAAUACAAUAUUUUUUCAAGAAUUACUUAUUUUUGCUUAUGUUUAAUAGAUGUACAAACUAAUUGAUUUUGUAAAACUGCUAAACUCUGCGUUGUGUGUAUAGCAACAAAAAACUGUAAGGUGGAGGGAAGCUGCUAAAUUGUCGUCUCUAUACAUUCCGUACUGUAAACACGCUUGCUCUGAAUUUUCAUUUUAUUUUGUUAAAAAAAUGAGUUUUUGUGUGAUUAAAAAUAGCAUGUAAAAAUAAAUGAGUUUAUGUUAUGAGUAGUUAUCGUGAGGCCAACAUUUGGGUAUGGAUCAACACUAAAGCCGCCUGGUAAUUGUAUAGGACUUUUAUUUAUACAAACGACACACAAGCACACUACACGUCGUAGUACCCCGGCCUUUUAUCUCUUAUGAUACACAGUCUUUAGUGGUCUUGGUUGGUCGGCUACGGGUCAACCUGAUGUGUAGACUUAGGGUUAGCUUUCCUGACCACUCUCGUACAUGUUAUGUAAAUGUCUAUAAUAGUAACAUUUCAUAAACUUAUUUAUAACAAUAUUUUAUCUUUAGGGGAAACAACUGUGCUUACAGAUUAGUAAAAUAUCUUAGCAAUUAGGUAACUACUAGCCGUCGGUAUCCGGCACACGGAAAGUAAGGGCCUAUAUAUUUUUAACGUUAUACUUGUUUGAAAAAAAAUAUUUAUUUGUCAAAACGCAAUGUGGUUUACUACACGUUGAACGAUAUGAGUGACAAAGCAAAGAAAUAACUAAAUAGCUAAACAUCCGACAGUUUUAAAAUAGCAUAUGCUACCAAUACCUAUUUGAAAAACUAAAAACCAAAUUUUAUACGUUAUUAGUUAACACAACACCAUAUUAAAUGCACAUACUGAUUGAGAGAGUUAAAUGAUUUCGUUGGAAACCCGGCUGUUGAAUGGUCAUUAUGUUUUUUUUAAGUAAUUUGUUUUACUUUUGGCCGAGAAAAUUGUAUAAAUUUCAUAAAUUUUGUCUUGAUACGUAGAUCUAUAUAUCUAAAUCAAAUUUGAAUGAAGAAGUUCAUCUCUUCAUAUUAUAAAACUAGAAGGUGAAGCAAUCAGUGUUGUAAUUUCCGUAGUUUAAACAUAUGACAUGUAAUGUCAUUGUUUAUUGCGUUCUUGUUACACCCAUAAACACUGUUCCGGUUGAAUAAUUCAAAAUUUGUUUCUACAUUCGGAUAUGCAUUUAUUUUGAUUUUCCUUCUUCGCAUAAAAUUUAGUUUAUAGUCUACAUUUAUAUAUCGCUUAAGAAACUGAUAACAUAGCCUCCUAAAAUAUUUAGCGGACAGAGAGACAGAGAGAAGUGCGCACAUGGGCUUUUAUAUAUUAGGAUUUUUUUUCUUCUAUAAACAGAUAUACUAAAUAAUUUUACAAUGCAUAUAUCGGAAUAUAAGUCACCAAUGACAUUAGUUAUUGUUUGAUAAACCAUUAAAUUGUUGGAACAUUUUUUUCAAUAAA